AUGUGCCCCCCGUGCGCUACCGCCGUUCUCACACCGCGCAGUCCAUACACCGCAACAUACCGGCUACGUUCAACGUCUACGUCUCGCGCUGAGGAACCCUGGUUCUGGAUGUACAACUAUCCGUCUCUCCUGCGCGUCUCCCUCGACGACUGCUUUCUGACGCCCGCGUUUGCCUGCCAGCUGCUGCACACAGGCGACGUACCACCCUCUCACCUGGCCUCGCAUGUCCGGAGGCUACACCUCAACGUCGCGCGUCCAAAUUCGCUUCUGUACGGUGACCUAAACUCCUCUCUCGCCCCGUCUACGAGCGUCGCUCCCCGCAGACACCGCCCUGUUCACGCGCUGUAA